AUGGACUCCACUAUCAACCAUUCUCACCACGUCGGGUUCUCUGAGAUGACGCCCGAAAAGUUGGCUCUCAUGCGACUCAACAAUGCUGGAGAUGAUAUCUUUUCCGACCCAGGAUCUCCGGAGAACUACACCAAACAUCGCACCUCCCUCGGACGGUCUCUUUCCCAAGCCCAGUCUCACUCUUGGGGCGAGGGAGGAGCGAGGUCGAUGGCGCGGUCCACUCGCCAUGUCAGUGGUGCCAGCCGCCGAACGAGCUCUUUCAUGCACUCCCAUCGCAGCAAGAUGUCUAUGGAGUUGACCUCCCAAGCCGAGGGAAAGUUCUACAGUUUGAUUGAAUUGAUGACCAAUGCCUCCAAGGAAGCAUCAUCCUUGAAGGAGUACUGGACCCGAUUGAUGACAGAGCGAGAGGGCUUCGAGCAGGAGAGAGAAGAACUUCUCGCGCGUAUUGAAGAAGUCACCGAGACGCUCGAGCGCAGGGAGAGCCAACACCAGCAUCAUGGUCGAGAGCUAGGAGACAGGAAGAAAGAGAUUGAAAGGUUACUCAUCGAGCUCUCUGCUGCUCUCAAUGAGGUUAGCCAACGCAAGCACGAGAUUUCUGAGCGCGACCACGAAUUGGAACGCGUUCGUGCCAAGUUCAGUGAGACGAGUCUCGUGGUCUCUCGUUCGCAGACUGAAGGAGAUGGCAUCAAGGUGGACCUUGAAAACGCGUUGGCCAAGCUCAGACUCAGAGAGGAUGAGCGUGACCACGCCAAGCAGGAUGCUGAGCGGUUCCGCGAUGAGCUGCGCUCGGUAACUCGAGAGCACACCGAAAUCAAGGCGAAGUAUACCGAUAUUACUUCAAAGUAUGAGUCUACUCGACGAGAAAUCUCCACCUUGUCCGACAAACUCAAGGCUUGGGAGCACGAGCGUGCGGACCUGAUCAUUGAAAAGGACCGUCUGCAUGACGAUCUCAAGAAAUCGAACAUCAGAUAUGAUGAUAUCCAGCGGGAACUUUUCUCAAUCACCGAGCUUCACGAGCGGACCCAACGAGAGCUGAGACAGGCCAAAGAGGCCGUCCGCUUCGUCGAAAGCGAGCGUGACGAGCACGUCUCUACCAUUGAAAGACUGCGCUCUGACGUCAAGUCAAAGCUCCUCAGCAUCGAGGAGGCCGAGGGUCGUGUCACAGAUAGUAACCUACGUGUGGAACAGUCGAAGAGAGAGAUUUCCACCAAAGAUGAACGCAUCCGAGACUUGGAGAACGAGCUUUCCGAUGUUCGCUCGCGCCUCGAGCGUAGUCAAGAAGACCACCGCUCGGUAAUCAUUGUCAGAGAUCAGUACCAAGAGGAUCUUGAGGAAGAACGCCGCARGGCCACUCACGGCACCCGCGAGAUGACGACAUUACAGGAGACUCUCAGCAAGGUUGAGGCAACUCUUUCCGGCAUGAGAUCUGAAGUAUCAGUUACGAACGAGCGCAUCAAGCAUGUCGAGAGGGAGCGGGACGAGUUCCGAGACAGAAACGGCCAUCUGGAUGUUGAGGUCCACAAAUUGAAGGAGAGAUUGGCCCUUCUGCAAGCCGAGAUGCGUGGCAUCACCGACGCUCGCGAUCGUGCUCGUAAAGAUCUAGACGAGUUUCGUCGCCGCUACGAGGAGGUCACCGAGACAAUCACUGAGUUUCAAGGCGAGACCGGCGAAUAUGAAUACGAGAUCGACAGUCUGCGCAUUAUGCUCCGAGAGGCCCGAGAGCAGAAGGAGAGAGCUAUUUCCGCCCGCACUGCCGCCGACCGUGAGCGAGACGAGUACAUGUCCAAGUACGAGGAGAAGUGCAGAGAGAUGGAAAGAUUUGAGGAGAGUCGUGCUAGCCAUUAUCGUUCGCAAGCGGGGGGUGGGGGUAAGUCGACAUCCACUCGCACUGUGACGAGGAAUGGCUCAUCGUUUCACGCUUCCUCCAAGCUGGAUGACGGCGAGUAA